AUGACCGGCAAUAUUUCAGACAUUUACGAGGCUAAUGGGCCAAAGCCCAAAGAUAGUCAUCUCUUGGUGGGUCUCCGGGCUGUGAGAUCAACAACCAUACACCUGUCAAAGGUUGCAUUUAAAUUCAUGAAGUAUAUAGGUCCAGGUCUUAUGGUUAGUGUUGCAUACAUGGAUCCAGGAAACUUCAGCAGCAGCAUCGCUAGUGCUCGAUUUCAAUACAAGCUUCUUUUCUCGUUGCUGGUAUCCAAUGUGAUGGCAGGAAUCAUGCAGAUUCAGGCUUGCAAGCUUGGAAUUUGCACCGGUCAGGAUCUUGCAACCAACUGUCGCAAACACCUACCAAAGUAUUUAAACUAUAUCAUUUACGUUUUUGCAGAGAUCUCGGUCAUUGCUACAGAUGUGGCGGAAAUCAUUGGUACUGCAAUUGCUUUCAACAUAUUAUUCAACAUUCCGCUUUUUUGGGGUGUUCUUCUAACCACAAUUGAUGUUUUGGUGGUUAUCAUGGCAUACAGACCGAAUGGACCACCACUUGUUCUACGGCUCUUUGAAGGUUUCGUGAGUCUUUUGGUGCUGCUAACAGUAGCCUGCUUUGUCAUUGAGCUGUCCAAAGUUUCACAUGACACUAACUGGGGAUCUGUGGCGAGAGGUUUCUUACCUUCAAAGGAUAUAUUCUCUAAUACCGAGGGAUUGUAUCUUUCUGCCGCCUUGCUAGGAAGUAAUUUAAUGCCUCACUCGCUUUAUCUAGGAUCCGGAGUCGUUCAAUCACGAAUGAAAGAGUAUGAUGUGAAGCAUGGCCUUUACACCAUGCCAAAGCAGAAUUCACGGCAGAAUGCUAUAUUUUGCUACCCUUCGAAAAGAGAGAAAGUGUCCAAGGAAGAGGAAGUCAUAGAAAACACCAGUGGACUUUCUGAAUCUACCCUUUCAGCUGAUUCGACAGAUUAUACCCCGUCAAUUGGGGCCGUGGAAACAACCAUGAACUACACAAUUGGCGAGUUGAUCGUCUCAUUGAUAGUAGUCGCACUGUUUGUGAAUGCUGCAAUUUUGAUAAUUGCCGGAACUGCCUUGUCAAAGCCUCGUGAUGAUGAUGGAGACGGUGACUUGGAGAAUGCCGAUUUAUUCACUCUUCAUUACUUGCUUUCGAGCCAUUUAUCCCAAACUGCAGGCACGAUAUUUGCGCUUGCAUUGCUUUUUUCUGGUUUAUGCGGAGGUACGGUUGUCACAAUGGCUGGCCAAAUGAUCAUGGAAGGCCACGCAAAACUAUCUAUGCCUCCUGGAUUGAAGAGAAUAUUGACAAGAAUAGUUUCGAUAACUCCUUGCAUUAUAGUUGUGAUCAAGAGUGGAAGAGAGGGACUCAGCAGUGUUCUUAACGGCUCGCAGGUUAUUCUCUCAAUGCUUUUGCCGUUUGUUAGUGCACCAUUAAUCUAUCUUACAUGCAAUAAAAAGAUUAUGAGGGUUAGAGUUGGCAAAAGCUAUGGUACUUCUAGUGAGGAUUCUUCUGAGAUGGAGCUACAGAACAUGUCCGGACAGCAAGAUACAGAUCAAGAACAAAACAGGCAUGCAAACUCUGGGCGUUAUGAUGAAUUACCGACUGGAAAUAAUGACAAUCACGAAGUUUACAAGGAUAUGAGUAAUGGUAAAGUGUCUGGCAUCCUAUCUUUUAUUGUUUGGCUUUUCAUCAGUAUUCUCAAUUUUUGGCUUCUCGCAAGCCUGGCCGUGGGCAAGAAUGUUCCAUUAUAA